AUGUCGGCCCCUCAAGACUCCAUCCCCGGCAACGGCAGUGACAUCCUCGAUCAGAUGGAUCAGCUUAGAAUGGAUGACCGCCUCGGUCCUGACGGCGAACCUGCCCCUAAGACGGAGGAGGAGUACGCUCAGGCCCAGCUCACCCUCCGUGCGAUUGUUUCCUCCAAGGAAGCCGGUGUCAUUAUUGGCAAGGGUGGCAAGAACGUCGCCGAUCUCAGAGAUGAGACUGGUGUCAAGGCCGGUGUCAGCAAGGUUGUGCAAGGCGUUCACGACCGUGUCCUGACCAUCACUGGUGGUUGCGACGCUAUUUCUCGUGCCUACGCCAUUGUUGCUCGCGCUCUACUAGAGGGCGCGCCUGCUAUGGGCAUGGGAGGCGUGGUCCAGAGCAAUGGGACUCACCCCAUCAAGCUUCUCAUUUCUCACAACCAGAUGGGUACCAUUAUUGGAAGACAAGGUCUUAAGAUCAAGCACAUUCAGGACGCUUCUGGUGUUCGCAUGGUUGCUCAGAAGGAGAUGCUUCCUCAAUCUACCGAGAGAAUAGUCGAGGUCCAGGGUACUCCUGAAGGCAUCCAGCGUGCUAUCUGGGAAAUCUGCAAAUGUUUGGUCGACGACUGGCAGCGAGGCACUGGCACUGUUCUCUACAACCCUGUUGUUCGCACUCAGCCUUCCAGCAGCGGAAGCACCAGUGGUGGAGCAGGAUUCAACCAGGGCUCUGGCAGGAGCGAUUAUGGCGGCAGCCCUCGUGUCAUGCGAACAGGCAACGGUGCCGACUUCAGUAACGGUAGCUCAAGGCCGUACAACCGCCGCUCCGACUCUGACGCAGCUCUUCGAGGCCCACCUACUCACGACGAAAACGGCGAGGAGAUCCAAACUCAGAACAUUAGCAUCCCCGCAGACAUGGUUGGGUGCAUCAUCGGACGUGCUGGCAGCAAGAUUAGCGAGAUCCGAAAGACAUCGGGCGCACGCAUCUCCAUUGCCAAGGCUCCCCAUGAUGAGACCGGUGAGCGCAUGUUCACCAUCAUGGGUACCGCCAAAGCCAACGAGUCGGCACUCUUCCUCUUGUAUGAGAACCUAGAGGCUGAGAAGAUGCGCCGAAGCCAACUUCAAGAGGCCGAAUAG